UACCAUUUCGCCAAUAAUUAGGGGAAUAUUAUUGCGUCAUAUAAUCUGGAUUUAUUUUGGUGCUUCCCCAAAGUCGAGAGAUAAAGUCACGUGACGAGAUUUUUCCAAAAUUUUGACAGUUCUGCUUCCAAAUAAUUUUGAAGAAUGCAGAAAUUCUGGUGCAAAGCAAGAUUGACAAAUGUUCACAAGAUAUAUAGAAGCUACCACCCACACACUAUGCGUCAUAGCUUAGUACACAGCAGUGUAGAAUCUCAUGCUAACUCCUACGAUGUAAUAAUAGUAGGUGGGGGACAUGCGGGGUGUGAAGCAGCAUCUGCAUCUGCCAGAGUUGGGGCAAGGACCCUCCUGCUAACCCAUAAACUCUCAACAAUAGGUGAAAUGUCAUGUAACCCAUCUUUUGGUGGGAUAGGGAAGGGUCAUCUUAUUCGAGAGAUUGAUGCUCUUGAUGGCAUAUGUGGAAGAAUAUGUGAUAUCUCUGGUAUUCAAUAUAGAAUGCUUAACCGAAAAAAAGGACCUGCUGUUUGGGGACCAAGGGCUCAAAUAGAUAGAAAUUUAUACAGGGAAAACAUGCAGACAGAGAUCCACAAUACAAUAAACUUGGAUGUAAUGGAAGGUUCUGUUGAAGAUUUGGUUACCACUGAUGUAGUUGAAGCAACUCCUGAAACAAAAUGCAGAUGUAAUGGUGUUAUCCUAUCCGAUGGCACCAUGCUUCAUGCUAAAGGAGUCGUACUAACUGCUGGCACUUUCCUUCGUGGACAGAUUAACAUUGGGAUGAUUGUAAAAGGUGCCGGUCGAAUUGGAGAUGCUCCUGCUGUAGGCUUGGCUCGGACCAUUGAAAAUCUGGGGUUCGAAAUGGGAAGACUAAAAACUGGUACCCCACCAAGGAUAGCGAAAGACAGUGUUAAUUUCUCCGGUAUGGUGGCUUAUGGUGGGGACAUGCCACCUCAUCCAUUUUCAUUUGAAAAUGAGAAGGUUUGGAUUGAUCCUGACCAACAGUUGACGUGUUAUACUACGCACACCAAACCUGAACUGGAGAAAUGUAUUUUAGAUACGCUUCAUAUGAACAAACAUGUUAUAGAAGAAGUGAAUGGACCACGUUAUUGUCCAUCAAUUGAAUCUAAAGUUUUAAAGUUCAAAGAAAAAUCUCACAUGUGCUGGUUAGAACCAGAAGGCCUCACUUCAAACGUUAUAUAUCUACAGGGUUUUAGUUGCACAAUGCCUGAGGAAAACCAAACUGAAGCUGUAAGAAUGAUCCAGGGUCUUGAAAAUGCAGAAAUAACUCGUCCAGGAUAUGGAGUGGAAUACGACUACAUGGAUCCUCGUCAGGUUUCAACUACUUUGGAAACUUAUAAAGUGAAAGGGCUGUAUUUUGCUGGCCAGAUUAAUGGAACUACUGGUUAUGAAGAGGCAGCAGCCCAGGGAUUAAUUGCCGGUGUUAAUGCUGCCAGAAAAGCAAAGAAACUCUCCCCAUUUAUUGUGACAAGAAGUGAGGGCUAUAUUGGUGUACUGCUUGACGAUUUGACAACAAUGGGCACCAACGAGCCAUACAGGAUGUUUACCAGCAGAACCGAAUUCAGAAUGACAUUGAGACCAGACACAGCGGAUGAGCGCUUGACGGAAAAGGGUUUCAUUGAAGGUGGAUGUGUCAGUGAAAAACGAAUGAAUAACACCAAAAAACGAGUUAAUCUUUUGACUGAAGCUGUGGAUGUUUUAAAAUCGGUGAAAAAACCAAAGAACAAAUGGCUUGAGCUAACUGGGGGGAAGCCAGUCAAUUUAUCGCAUAGCACAAACGCUUUUCAUUUUUUAGCGGACGUACGGGGGCCUAGAGAAGUGGAUGUUGUUCUAUCUAUGUUUCCCGAAACACGGGCGAUUAUGGAGAAUACGUGGCUAAGGAACAGACUUCUCUCAUCCGCUGUCUACUCUGCUCUUUUGCCAGUGGAGCAAAAGAACAUUGAAAUGGUUAAAAGGGAGGAAAGACUAAUAAUACCUGACCAUAUAGACUAUGUUAAUAUGCCAGGCCUUAAAUUGGAAAUUCGGGAAAAACUUGCAAAAGCUAGACCUGGAAAUAUUGCAGCUGCUUCGAGAAUUCAAGGAGUUACACCUGCUUCAUUGGUGCAACUGUUAAAGCAUGUUAAAAGUAGUAUAAAAAAUAAAUGCACCGUGUCAGCUAGCUGAUCCAAUGACAAAUUUUACUUUCAAUAAUACACAUUUUCUUUGUAGAUGUUAAAUUAAAAUUUGCUAUUAAAUCAACAUCAGUUUUUCUUCUUAUUUAAUAAACCUAUUGUUUUCUUCUUUGCAAA